UUUUUCAUAAAAUUUCAUGUUUAUGAAGAUCAGAUUUGCCAAAAUUUUAGGCAUUUGGAAAACUUCUCCGGUCUUUAUCUUCAAAAACUCUGAAAUUAUUUGAGUUGCACGCAUAUUAAUUCAGAUCCGAUUACAUAAAAAAUUGCAUAGAUUAUUCGUUCUCUUCCCGCAAGAAUAAACAACCGAGUGUUAAUCCUGUUCCGCGAACUUUUUAAACCUUAUUUUUUCAAAAAAAAAGUAAUUUCAAGCUCAAAAAUUAUGUGUCAACGCAAAUAAUUUUUCUAUUAAUAUGGAUAUUUUUUGAUAGAUCUCAUUGAAAUUUUGUAAAUGGUACCAAAAAAAAUCAAAACAUUAUUUUUUAUUUUCAUUAUAUUUAAAUUUGAAAUUAUCUUAUUUAAAAAAAAAGAGAAGGUAUACAAAGUUAGGGGAACAGGCUUUGUCGCUCCCACCAAGAGUUUUCAAAUAAAUUCGGAUCUCCACUCUUCGUCCAUCCAUCUCUCUCUCUCUUCUCGCUCUCUCUCUCCUUCCCUUUAAUUAGGUUUUGUUGCUUUAGCCGAAUUUGUAGCUGUUGAAGAGAAACCUACUCCAAUUCGAAGCUUUCCAAGAGCUUUCACUUUUUCUGUGUUUGGUGGGAAAGAAGCGUGGGGGGUCCACACAAAAUUACUCCUGUGUUCCACAGUGUUCCAUUUCAAAUUCGACGAACGUCCCAUUGAACCUUCUUCUUCUCCAUCUUCUUUUCCCGGCUGCUUUCAUUAAACUUCCCAGCAGUUUCUCUCUCUUUUCUUUUGUAUAUCAAUGAGCGGGGCGUAACGGCUCUUUCAUUGUUUAACUGGAAAUAUUACUACGACGAGAAUUAAUAAGUUGAUUUUUCGAACAUGGAGAGCUUGCUAGAUGAGAACUUUGGGGCUGUGAAGGCGAAGCACUCGUCGGAGGAGGCGUUGCAGAGAUGGAGGGGCGUUGUUGGUUUGGUCAAGAACCCCAAGCGCAGGUUCCGUUUCACUGCCAAUCUCUCCAAGCGUUACGAGGCCGCCGCCAUGCGCCAAUCUAAUCAGGAGAAAUUGAGAGUUGCAGUUCUGGUUUCCAAAGCCGCAAUUCAGUUCCUAAAAGGUGUACAGCCAAGCGAUUAUGUUGUACCUGAGGAAGUUAAAGCUGCUGGUUUUGACAUUUGUGGUGAUGAACUGGGAUCCCUUGUUGAAGGCCAUGACCUAAAAAAGCUGGAAUAUCAUGGUGGCGUAACUGGCAUUGCGGAUAAACUCUCCACAUCAACCACCACUGGUCUUGCUACCGAUGGUGACUUGCUGAAUCGCAGACAGGAGAUUUUUGGGAUCAAUAAAUUCACUGAAAGUCAACAGCGCAGUUUCUGGGUAUAUGUUUGGGAAGCACUUCAAGACAUGACUCUCAUGAUCCUGGGCGUGUGUGCAUUCGUCUCUUUGAUUGUUGGCUUAGCAACGGAAGGAUGGCCUAAGGGGGCUCACGAUGGUCUUGGAAUCGUUGCAAGCAUUCUGUUGGUUGUGUUUGUCACGGCAAUAAGUGAUUAUCGCCAAUCCCUACAGUUCAGAGAUUUGGACAAAGAAAAGAAGAAGAUUUCGAUUCAAGUUACAAGGAAUGGAUAUCGGCAGAAGAUGUCGAUAUACGAUUUGUUGCCUGGUGAUAUUGUACAUCUCUCCAUUGGUGACCAAGUCCCUGCGGAUGGGCUGUUUGUUUCAGGAUUUUCCGUGGUUAUUGAUGAAUCGAGUUUGACCGGAGAGAGUGAGCCAGUGAUGGUGACCGCUGAACAUCCGUUUCUUCUAUCAGGAACGAAGGUCCAAGAUGGAUCAUGCAAGAUGAUGAUAACCACUGUUGGAAUGAGAACCCAAUGGGGUAAGUUGAUGGCAACACUCAGCGAAGGAGGAGAUGAUGAGACCCCACUGCAGGUUAAGCUAAAUGGUGUGGCAACAAUUAUCGGUAAGAUAGGACUUUUCUUUGCUAUUGUGACUUUUGCAGUUUUGGUGCAAAAGAUGUUUUCGCGCAAGCUGCUGGAGGGGACCCAAUGGAGCUGGUGUGGUGAUGACGCAUUGGAAAUGUUGGAAUACUUUGCUAUUGCUGUCACCAUAGUUGUUGUUGCAGUUCCUGAGGGGCUUCCUCUUGCUGUGACAUUGAGCCUUGCCUUUGCCAUGAAGAAAAUGAUGAAUGAUAAGGCUCUGGUCCGCCACUUGGCUGCUUGUGAGACAAUGGGGUCCGCCACUACUAUUUGCAGUGACAAAACUGGGACACUGACUACAAACCACAUGACAGUUGUGAAAGCUUGCAUUUGUAUGAAUAUCAAGGAAGUGAGCAAAUCAGGUAAUACUUCUAGUCUGUGCUCUGAAAUCCCAGAUGCCACUGUAAAACUUCUUUUACAGUCCAUAUUUAAUAAUACUGGUGGGGAAGUUGUGGUAAACAAAGAGGGAAAACGUGAGAUAUUGGGAUCACCGACUGAGACUGCUUUGUUGGAGUUUGGAUUGUCGUUGGGUGGUGAUUUUCAUACUGAGAGAAAUGCAGCUAAACUUGUCAAAGUUGAGCCAUUCAACUCUACCAAGAAACGAAUGGGGGUUGUGUUGCAGCUUCCAAAUGGAGGUCUGAGAGCCCAUUGCAAAGGUGCUUCUGAAAUAAUAUUAGCUGCCUGUGACAAGGUGGUAAAUUCAGAUGGCGAGGUUGUUCCCCUUGAUGAAGCUUCUGUUAACCAUCUGAAGGUUACAAUAGAUCAGUUUGCUAGUGAAGCUCUGAGGACUCUGUGUCUCGCUUAUGUGGAACUGGAAAAUGGGUUCUCUGCAGAUAGUCCUAUUCCACUUUCAGGAUAUACUUGCAUAGGUAUUGUGGGUAUCAAGGAUCCUGUUCGACCUGGUGUGAAGGAGUCGGUUGCACUUUGUCGCUCGGCUGGGGUUACUGUUCGUAUGGUUACUGGGGACAAUAUAAAUACUGCAAAAGCUAUUGCUAGGGAAUGUGGGAUACUUACCGAUGGGGGUAUUGCCAUUGAAGGUCCAGAUUUUCGAGAGAAGAGUCUAGAGGAGUUGCAUGAAUUGAUCCCCAAAAUUCAGGUAAUGGCUCGAUCUUCACCUCUAGACAAACAUACCUUGGUAAAGCACUUGCGAACCACAUUUGGUGAAGUUGUUGCAGUGACGGGAGAUGGAACAAAUGAUGCCCCAGCACUUCACGAAGCAGAUAUUGGACUUGCAAUGGGCAUAGCUGGAACCGAGGUGGCUAAGGAGAGUGCUGAUGUCAUAAUUCUGGAUGACAAUUUCUCCACCAUUGUGACCGUGGCCAAAUGGGGUCGCUCAGUCUACGUGAACAUUCAGAAAUUUGUACAGUUCCAGUUGACUGUUAAUGUGGUUGCGCUAAUUGUUAACUUCUCUUCAGCUUGUCUAACAGGGAGUGCCCCUCUCACGGCUGUUCAGCUCUUGUGGGUUAAUAUGAUCAUGGACACACUAGGAGCACUUGCCCUAGCAACUGAGCCACCCAAUGAUGAGUUAAUGAAGCGACAACCCGUUGGAAGGAGAGGAAAUUUCAUUAGUAAUGUUAUGUGGAGGAAUAUCUUAGGGCAGUCCCUGUAUCAGUUCCUGGUUAUAUGGUUUCUUCAGUCAAGCGGGAAAGCAAUUUUUGGCCUUGAUGGCAGCGGUUCCGAUUUGGUCCUUAACACCCUUAUUUUCAACUCGUUUGUCUUCUGUCAGGUGUUUAACGAAAUUAGUUCCCGAGAGAUGGAGAAGAUAAAUGUUUUUGAAGGCAUACUGGACAAUUAUGUUUUUGUGUGCGUUAUCAGUGCAACGGUAUUUUUCCAGAUCAUAAUCGUUGAGUACUUGGGUGCAUUUGCAAAUACAACACCGCUCACGUUGGCACAAUGGUUCCUUAGCAUACUCGUUGGAUUCUUAGGGAUGCCAGUUGCAGCAGGCUUGAAGAUGAUACCUGUGAAUACAUGACUCCUAAACUUUUAGGAAAAUAAGUUGGUUUUGUCCUUAUUUGAUUUUUUUUUUGGAUUUGUUAGUUUUGCGCCAAACUCACAAAAGUUUGGCGCAAAACUAACAAAUGCAACAAAAAAAAAAGAAGAAAAACUCAAAUGAGGACAAAACCAACUUAUUUUCUUAAAAGUUUAGGAGAACUCAGAGUGCUACUUUUUCAAAUUAAAGCACAAUCCUCAGUGACUGAACGUUCAUGUAUAGUUAGGUUGCAGAAGUAAAAUCUGGUAUUUGUUGAUGUAUUAUAGUAGUCUAGGCCCCAUGAUGCUCCCUGUAGAAGUGGAGGAGACAAACUUCUUCUGCGUUUUCUUUUAUUGAAUUUUGUGAUUAAUUCAUUUGUUUUAUUCCUGUUGUUUGAAUUCGUUUCCAUGACGCUCCCUGUAGAAGUGGCGGAGACAAACUUCUUGAUCUACUUUCUGCGUUUCUGAUAGAGAAUUUUGGGAUUAAUUCAUUUGUUUUA